ACAAACUGGCAUGGCCGACCUGUCAUGAGAACCCUCUUCCGGUUCUUGUUUCCCCUCUGGCCCCGCCGCCGUCAGUGUAGUGUAUCGUUCGCCGCAAGAGAAAAACUGAAAUUGUGUAGCGAUUUGCUGGUUUAAUUACUUUUUACCCUUCCAUCAAGGGCAUCAGUGAAUUAAUAGCCACCCAUCGUCCACGAUGUCCGUCGACAAGGAGGAACUGGUGCAGCGCGCCAAGUUGGCGGAGCAGGCGGAGCGCUACGACGACAUGGCGGCCGCGAUGAAGGAGGUGACGGAGACGGGCGUGGAGCUCAGCAACGAGGAGCGCAACCUGCUGUCCGUGGCCUACAAGAACGUGGUGGGCGCGCGCCGCUCCUCGUGGCGGGUCAUCUCCUCCAUUGAACAGAAAACCGAAGGCUCCGAAAGAAAACAACAGAUGGCUAAAGAAUAUAGGGUUAAAGUAGAAAAGGAGCUCAGAGAAAUCUGCUAUGAUGUACUGGGUCUGCUUGACAAACACCUAAUCCCUAAGGCUAGUAAUCCAGAAAGUAAAGUAUUCUACCUUAAAAUGAAAGGAGAUUACUACAGGUACCUCGCAGAAGUGGCCACAGGAGAAACCAGAAAUACGGUCGUCGAGGACUCUCAGAAGGCCUACCAGGAAGCCUUCGACAUUGCUAAGGCCAAAAUGCAACCCACCCACCCCAUCAGACUCGGCCUCGCGCUCAACUUCUCAGUCUUUUAUUACGAGAUUAUCAACUCCCCGGCGCGCGCGUGCCACUUAGCUAAACAGGCGUUCGACGACGCCAUCGCCGAGCUGGACACCCUCAACGAGGACUCGUACAAGGACUCGACGCUGAUCAUGCAGCUGCUGCGCGACAACCUCACUCUGUGGACGUCGGACACGCAGGGCGACGGCGACGAGCCUGCCGAGGGCGGCGACAACUAACCGCCUCGCCGCCCCCUCUCUCGCAUUUGUUCUCAUCGGUGUUCUGUACGAGUGACAGUGUCGCGCCGCGGGGACUCUCGCGACACACACACACUGAGCCGCCGCUUGUAAAAAUGUUAAAUGUCGUUCGCAGCGGACCUUCACGUUCCGUCUAAAUGUUAUGUGUCAUCUUUGACGGUUUUGUAUUUCUGUAUUUACACUGGAUUACAGAUAUCGAGCUGACCUGAUGAAUAUAAAUAUUUAUAACUUAAGUUAUUAAAAUUACGGUUUCUUAAGUUAAAA